AUGAAUCAAAUUUAAUGUGAGAAAUGCUAAAUUGUUCCUGAAAAAUUUGUUUGUUUAGAUUGUGAACACUCAUUUUGCCUUUCUUGUUUAGCCAAAUUGUUUAAACAAGUAUUUUUUUUUUAUCUAAUUCAUAGCAUCAAAAUUAAAUUCAAUGUAUCACAUGUUAUGACAUAACUAUUUUAGAUGAUGAAACAAUUAAUGCAUUAUUGGAUUUUAAAUUACAAUUAUUAUAACCUCCUAUUAUAAUUCCAUAUACAACUUCUAAAAAAUAAAUUAAUCAAAAAGAUUAAAUUUAAAUAAAAGGUCAUCCAUUUAUUGAAAAACUCAAUGUUUCUAUUGAAAAAUAUUUAGAUAAUAUUAGAAUUAUUUAGUUCGAUAAAUAAAAAAUAAGAGAAAUUUCAAAUAAAAUUAAAUAAGAUCUGGAAUCAGAAUUUAAAUCUUUACAUAUAUAUUUAGAUGAUAAACUAUAAUCAUUUAUGAAUGAAAUUUCUAAAUUUGAAACUUUAAAUUCUUCUAAUUUACAAUAAUAAGAAGAUGGAUUCUAAAUAGAAAUUAAAGAAAUGUAAAUUAUGAAGGAUGAAAUCAAAAGUAUACUGUAAUAACAAUCUGGAAUUUAAAAUGAUAUUGAACAAUUUAAAACAAUAUUAAAUCACAUAGAUGAAAUUACUAUCAAAACAAAUUAAUAAUAUUAAAGUAAUCUUAAAAAAUUUUAAGAUGAAAUAUAUAAACUACCUCUUAAAUGGACUGAUUUUUCAAGUUAAUAUAAACAAUUUUUUAACAAUAAUAAUAAUUCAAUAAAAUCCUUUUAAGUACAAGAAUAGUAAAGAACAUAAUUUAUAACCACAAAUCGUUUGGAAAAAAUUCAAUAAUCUCUGGCAAAGUAAAUAUAUGUUGUUAUAAAUUUUAGUUAAAUCUCUUCUACAAAUGUAAAACCAAUUAAAACAUCUCAUUAAUCUCAUAUAUCUUUAUGUUCUCCUCCAAGAAAUAGUUUUCUUUAAGAGGAACAUUAAAUUCCAAGAAAAUCAAGUCGAAUCGAGUUCAUAAAUAAAUUAUAAAGUCCAGGUGAUGUAAGGGUAAAUUCGAUGAAUAGAAGAAAUACAAGAACAAUAAUACCAAAUUUAAAUUUAGCAGGAAUUUCAUUUAUCAAAUGA